CCCCAGCUCCACGAGAUUCAACCCCUGGAGAUUGCGCGCUCCACGUCACCGGGGAAAGAGACGCAGCAGAAAGAAGAACUUUCUUUAGCUGAAUGGACAGAAAUUUUACAAGGGCGAAUUGCCCAAGUCAAGGAAAGUAUCGAGGAAGAAAAGACGCCUUGGAAGACAAAGAACAAGAAAAAGUUUUGGAGAAACUCGAAAAUCAUUAUGCUUGGAUAAUGGGACCAGAUGUCGACGAAGCGUUCUUCGUUUCUCGGAAAUUACAGUUUUUUCAAACGAUGCGGAAACAGUACGAGUUGAUGAAUAAAGUUAAAACGCAAAGACAGUCGAUGAAGACUUCAGACAGCACCCCACAAGUUGAGGAAGAUACGGAAAAAUCAAAAGAGAAAGCCGCCAAACAAGUUGAGGUGACAAAAGAAGCGGCCAAACGUGUGACAAAAAAGACGAAAGGCAUUAAGAAAAUGGUUAAAUGUCGGCCGAAAAGUGUGAAAAAUACUGGAGGCAACCUUAUGAAAAAAAUAAGAAAGGCAGUCCUGUUAUAAUAAACUAUGGCGCUCUAUAUUAUAUUAUGUGAGUCAAUUUGAACUAUUACGAUUUUCCCUUCGGGCAGUACCCCUGAGAUUUGUAUAUAUUUUUUCAUUUUAUAUGAGCAAAUUCCCUUCUCCCAAGAUAUUAUUUAUGUCGUUUCUUUUAUUAUAUAUUACUUAUAUCGUUUCUUUCUUUUAUUAAAACUUCAAAAUACGAAAUGCUAAAUCUACCCUCUUGUUAACUACAGAUAUGAAUUUGCAUUUAUUUAACACAACUAACUGCAAAGAAUAGUUUUAUUUAGCAAAAUAAACCCUUCACCAGAAUGCUUUUUCGUCUCCGAUCUUGAUAGUAUUGUUUUUCAUCAUGUUUUUAAUGUUUUUAACCGCCGCUUUACAUAAAAGUUUGAAAUUUACACAUUUUAAAAAUCCAUACCUUCAAAAUUUGCCUUUAGCUUUCCUAAAUUUCUUUCUAACCACGCGGCAACUUCUGGACUUUCCCGAAAGAACUGCUUUGAAUUUUUCGCCAUUUUGAAUGGAGCUUUUUGAAGUAAAUGGCGGCAAACGCGAAAGUCUGAUGUUACACGAAAUUUGAUUGGCUCCACAAAAGUCAUUGAGCCAAUCAAACUUCGUGUAACAUCGGACCUCCCGCGUUUGACGUCAUCAUGAA